AUGGCCGCUCGCGCCUACGAGCUGAAGAAGCGGCGCGAGGACGAGCGGAAGGCGAUAGUCCAGGAGAAGCUGUACCAGCAGUGGCGCAGCGGACUGGACGACGUCCGCGUCAUGGACUCCAAGAUCGUGACGCUGAAGACCAUCGCCGACCGCGAUGCGCAGCUGGACGAGAAGGCUGCGCGCGCGGAAGAGGAGAAGAGACACCACGAGUUCUACGACAAGCUGUGGCACGAGGGCUACCUCGCCAAGAUCGAGCGCGAGAAGCUGGAGAAGGAGGCAGAGAAAGAGAGGAAAGCGCAGAUGAUCAAGGUCUUGGAGAUCCAGCGCAAGAUGAAGGAGAAGAGCGCGUGGAGGAGGAGAAGAUGCAGGAGGCGCAUGAGGCCAUCGAGAUGA